AUGGCGGCCGCACACAAGGCCGGAGAUGGACCCAGGUUCACCGUGCGCCCGUUCCGGGCUGGCGACUCGCCGGAGGCCCGCAGGAUAUUCUCGGAGGGCCAGCUGGACCAGCCUUUGCCAGCCUUCCGCCGGGCCCUGCGGUCGCCCGCCGCUCCCUGCCUCCUCCUGGCUGCGGGGGCCGCCGUCUACGUAGCUAGCUGGUCGCUGGCCUGGUCCGCUCUGCCCGUCGCCGCGCUGCUAGCCCUGCUCUACCUGGCCUGUCGCAUGUUCUAUACCAACUACCUGAGGGAAACGCUGGAGACGGACAUGGCGGACAUUGACGGGACGUACAUGAGGAGGCCGGGGGCGGGGUUCUGGGUGGUGGAGGAUCAGGGGGGAGGCGGUGGGCUGCGGGGCGUGGUGGCGGCGCAGGAGUUCGAGGGACAGCCGGGCUGCUGCCAACUCCUCCGCCUCGCUGUCGACCGGCGAUGCCGGGGUCUGGGCCUGGGCUGCAGACUGACCUGCCGGGUGCUGGAGUUCGCCCGGGACAGCGGCUUCAGAGAGUGCGUCCUGUACACCAACACCGGCCAGCAGUCCGCGAUCCGGCUCUACCAGGCCCAGGGCUUUCGGGUGACCAGGGACAUGGUGCCAUUGCCCGGACUUGCCCUUCUAUCCUGGAUCACCCACAUCUACCUGUGCGAGAUGAGGUUCUACCCUCUGAAAACACGGAAUUACCACUGA